CCGCCGGUCUUGCUUCUCCGCCAUGUUGGCGUAACCAGCGCUUGGCCGGCGCCGGGCGCUCUCGCCUCUUUCGCUGCCUACAGCACUGCCCCGACAGCCGGCGGGGCGGUGCCGGCCGCCUCUACUUCCGAAGCGGCGGCGGGCGGGCAGGAGAAACUUGACAUGGGGAAAAACAUCAUGAGGCUUCUCUGUACUUCACUUUCUCUUACUGUGAUUUGCUGGCUAGCUGAAGGUACUCUGUCAAAAACAGAUGCAAAGAAAGGUGCCUCAAAAAAACUGGAAGAAAAGACACUGCAUUCUGAUAAAAACGUGCAGGACCGGGGACUGGUAGUUGUGGAUCUAAAGGCAAAGGAUAUUAUACUGGAACACAGAAGUUAUUGCUCCAAGAAGAUGAAGGAAAGACAUUUCUUGGGAGAUGUUCUGGGUUAUAUUACUCCUUGGAACAGUCAUGGCUAUGACAUUGCUAAAAUGUUUGGAAACAAAUUUACACUAAUCUCGCCAGUCUGGUUACAAGUGAAAAGGAGAGGGAAGGAAAGGUUCCAGUUCACUGGACUCCAUGAUGCUGAUAAAGGCUGGAUGAAAGAUGUCAGAAAAAACUCCAAAAACAUCAAAAUUGUUUACUUGAUAGUGCCUCGAAUUUUGUUUGAUGGCUGGACUUACCAGGACUUCGAAAGUGUUUUUGGCAGUGAGGAUGAGAUAGAGGAGCUUUCCAAGAGUAUGGUUCUGCUAGCCAAGAAUGAAAAUUUUGAUGGUUUUGUAGUUGAAAUUUGGAGUCAGCUGGGAAAUCAAAAGCAAACGGAGUUGAUUCACUUGCUCAUUCACCUUUCUGAAGCUCUGCGUGAAGCACAUCUUAAACUCAUACUGGUCAUCCCUCCUGCAGUCACAGCAGGGACAUCGUGUUUGGGAUUAUUAGGAAGAGUAAAGCACAUUGAUAUGGACCUGUUGACAUUCCUGAACAAGGACAUACGAUUUUUGGCAUGUUUCUCCUUCUUGACUUCUGUUACUGGUUUAAACCAGAUGGACCACAGGACUAACCAGCCAGGAAUGUUCACAAAGAAAGAAUUUGAUCAGUUGGCCCCAGCAAUAGACAGCUUCAGUCUCAUGACAUACGACUAUUCAACACCACAACGACCUGGUCCAAAUUCCCCUCUUCCCUGGGUACGAGCCUGUGUUCAAGUACUGGAUCCUGAUUCAAAAUGGAGGAGUAAAAUACUUUUAGGGCUGAAUUUCUAUGGCAUGGACUAUUCUGCUUUGGGAGCCUCUGGGGAGCCAAUCGUUGGUAGCAGGUACAUUGAAACCUUGAAGGAGCACAAACCAAAAAUUGUCUGGGAUGAACAAAUUGCUGAACACUACUUUGAAUACAAAAAGAAUAAAGGAGGAAAACAUGCUGUCUUCUACCCAACACUAAAGUCCAUCCAGUUGCGCUUAGAACUUGCAAAGGAAUUGGGCACUGGAAUAUCCAUCUGGGAACUGGGACAAGGCCUGGACUAUUUUUAUGACCUGCUUUAAAAUAAGAAAUGAUCUGGAAAAGACUUUAUUUGCUUUACUGAGACUUCACUUCAAUUAAUUUGGAUAUCCUGGAGAGGUGAUUUUAAAAACAUUUUCUGUAAUUUAUAUCGCAUCUGUAUUAAACUUGCAUUUUUCAAAAUAAAGAAUCUUUUCUGAUUUGCCACACAGACAUGAUUAUUGGUAUCUUAUAAAAUUCAAGGAAAAACAAAACAAAGCAGAAUUUUUUUUUUUUGAAGUUCCUGCAUUCAGUCAUUAAAAAUAGACCAACAGAGCUGGGAUGGCAUCAGAGUUGAAAAUACUUUCCAAAAUGUUUUCUACAAGAAAUAAAAUGGACAAGUUGUUGCCAUCUGAUCACGGUUUAAGACAGAGACCUCUCAAACAAUUGUGGGUAAUAACCAAAGUAACUGAACAAAUAAAUCCAUCAGAUUAUGUAAGUGAACAAAUAAAUCCAUCAGAUUAUAUACAGCAAAUGUAAUAUCUGAUGGACCCUCUGCAUCUUGCUGUCUUCUUAUAAGGUAAGUCAGUGUUAAAUGUUGAGGAGGAAACUAGUUAGGUAUCUUUUCCUUAAGCUGGUAGAAAAUCAAACACUGACAAGUGAAGCUGUUAGCUGUGUUUGGUUUUUUUCAUGUUAGUAAAUUCCUUAAGUACUUCAAAAUCACAGUAAUUUUAAUUUAUGAGUUGUUUCUGAAUUGGUUUUGUUUACAAGAAAUGCUCUAUGAUUUCUUUCUUCUGCUUAGCCUGCUUAGUGUCUCAGUUUACAGUGUUUAGCACUAGUGCAUGAUGCAUCAGUGGUUAGUUUGUGGGAAUUGUAACAUUUAGCACCAAAGGCUAUAACGGUAAUGAUGGAUUACAUGGAUAGCCCCAAUAGACAGCACCCUAGAGCUGCUCUGGCAGUCCCUUGGCUUAAGUAGGUGCUGUGAAUGUGAUCAGCAUCUUUGUGCAUGAAGCUGUCAUUCUUCAGCUGUACACAUUGGUGCUUUUGUCUCCAUAAUACAGAAUUUUUAUGAACCCAAAAGCUGUAACAACACAUCAGUUUAAAAACAAAGCAAAAAAAAAUGUGUCCCUGCUUUUUGGUUUACAAUAUUUGUAUUUGUAGAAAAACACAGGCUUCAAGGCAGUUUCUUCUAAGGAGCUAAGGGGUGCUGGGAAUUUGAUGAGGGUGUCAUUGGUCACCAGCAGAGACUCAGGCAAUAGCACUGAACUCCCACUGAUGUUCUUCUUGCCACCUUACAGUUGUCACAAAGAUAACUGCACUCCUCUGUUUGCAUCCAUCCUUCCCAGUAAUUAAUCUCAGUGGGCAAUUUAUCUGCCCCUGCUGUUUUCAGCAGAAUAAAUCCCACUGUAAUCCACCAUUGAUUAAAGAACUAUUGAUCUUCACCUCUCUGAUUUAGUUCUGGCACCUCUCAACCUCUCACAUUGCAAGUAUCCAGCAGGGUUUACUAAUCAGGCUUCUUUCUUCCAUAUCAUUAGUAGGAAGAUAAUUUCCUACAUGAAUCCUUGUGUUCAAUUAACUUGAAUUUUUUAGUUUAUUCAAAAGCAUUUUAAAGUCACUCUGGCAAUGGUAUGUAGAAUAGCACAAGAAUUAAAUUCUAUUACACUGUUUUUUCUACUCAGUGGCACUACUGAACCAGAAUGUCUCAGGAAAAGAGUCUGUAAAGAAUGGAAUGGGUUGUGAUCUGAAAUGGCAUCCAUUUUUAUGUUAGCUAGUAGGUAGCUUUCAAACUGGAUGUGGAGGAGGAAGAUUUCAUUUUAGCUUGUUGUUUCCUCUCUAGAAAUGAUACAUGUAAUUUAUCACAGUUUCAUGAUUUUUAUAUACUCUGUGAUGAUUCUCUUUGAUGUUCAAGAUUCUUGUUUGUUUGUGAGUACAACUAUGUUAGAAAUAAGUGUUGUUUCCAUCCUUUGAGAUUGAAUGAAUACCUGUGUGUCAAAAAGAUCAGACUAAUCCUUGCUGUGUCGUGAAAAAUAAGUACCAGAUGAGAAGAAGUACAUUGUGAUUUUGAGCCAACCACAGUAUAUAGGUGCUUGAGGUCAAUGAUGUUGCCUUUUGUCUCUGAAGGCAAGACAUGUUUGUUGCUUUAGAAAUAAUAUUCCAAAAGAAACAAAGUUGGUAUAAUUGUUUAUUGUGAAGUUCUCUUUUAAAAAAAAAAAAAAAAAAAAAAAAGUGAGCACCAGAAGACAUUUGAGCUUCAGAAUGAAUGAAGAUCCACUUCUGAUGGAUUGGUCUUGUGUUCAUUUAAAUUUUCAGUGUGUAGAAAUUUCAAGUUGUCUUUUAUUAGAUACCAGAGAAUGCACAAAGCAGGUGGCACCAGCGAGCCAUCAUGAAAACAUGUUUCUUUUGAAAUUUGCACCUCGCAUGUAUGAAAAGAUGACACAGGACAGAGAUGCUGCUGUGAAAGUAGGUUCUGCAGAGCAUGUUUUUUUAUGACUUUUCCUCAGACAAGUGAGAAAAACUGAGCAAAGAGCAGAAGAUGGGUGGGAGAGCAGGAGUGGGACUUCUGUAAGGACCAUGGCAGGUGACUUUGAUUCCCUCAGUUCAAAAAUAAUAGAAAGCACUGGUUUACAAUGCAAAGAAACAUUUUUCCGUAAAGCAAAAAAAAGUAUGUGUCUUCUCCCAAAGAAGCAAGUACUCUUAAAUGUACUGCCAGGUACUUGACAGGGCAAGACCAAAGAUAUUGAGGGUAUGGCUGGGGAGAAUUAUCUAGUGUUCCUAUUAAAACAGUUUACUUCUAGCAUAGCAAGCAGUGAAAAUGAAGUGUGUUUAUUUCAACAGACUCUUUCAUCAUUCAGUUUUCUAAGAUACAUUUAAGAAAACAAAACAAGAAAAAGACUUGUGCUCUGUAAUCUUGUUCUGUUGCAAUGAAGUUUUCUGUAUAUUAGGGUAAGAUUUCAGGUGAUAUGAAUGUAAAGGUAUCUUUUAGCUACCUUAUGCCAAGCAGAGCCUUCUUCCAACUGACCUUUGCUCUUGUGUUUCCCAGUGUUUUACUUUUUUGGGUUAGACUCACACAGGGUUAAUAUAAAUACAUUUUUCUGCAGAAAUUUUAUUGCAUUCACUGAGAAAAAGAAAUAGCUGAUUCUGUAGCUGACUUCGAUAUGAAGCUAGUAUUUUUAUCAUCAGUUAUCACGCACAUGAUUUUAAUUGUUAGCAAAGUGUUUCUUAUAUCUGUAUGCAACUAAGGAUCUUAUUGAGACAGAAAAAGAGACUACUUGCAGGAUUACAUGGACCAUCUCUGGGAUAACAGCAUUGCAUCUUAUCUCAGGAAACGUGUAUCUUGUGGUAAGUAUAUCUGUCUUGAAAACUGGAGCUGCCAUAGAGUCUUUGUAAUGAGAAACAGUUUUGAAAGAGAAUUGUGGAAAAUAAAUUGUUUAGCUUGUCUCAUUGUGAGAUGCUACUUCUUCAAGGAAAAUUGCUUCAGUACCUUGUUUUAUAAUUCCUUUUUGCUAUCAUAGGUAGGUGCCAAACUUCAGAAUCAACUAUAGCUUCCAGGUAAGAAGGUUGGGAGUGAAAGAGUAGAGGUAAGGUAGACUGAAGGAUGACAAUAGGAAAACAGCUUCUUUAAUGGCUUCUUAGUUAUAAAGAAUUGCUGAGCGAGUUGUAACAGUUCAGUGUUGUUUAUGUGCUUGGGUGAAAAUACCUUUUCCGUUUCUACGAUGAGCUACUAGUGGUAAUUAUUUUUAUGAGUGGGGAUGGUGUUUUGUGCAUACUUCACUGUGGAGACUGCAGAGUUAAUGGAUGUUCAUAGGAACUGUAAUUACAGACUCUCCUGAAUUUGGGACAUAUCUUUUGAAGUUUACUGUUUUGAUUAAUACACAUUGCAGCUGUUUGACUUCAGUUAAACAAAUGGCAGCACAAAGCAGAUGGAUUCUACCUCUGCAGCUUGAAGAGGUUGUAUGUUGCUAUUUCCUGAAAAUACUAUUCCUUCAGUGAUCUCUUUUUUAUGUAGUAAGUGCAAAUUAACUAAGCCUGAAUUGGUGUUUUGUAGUCUAGCAGAAAAUCACUUUGAUACUCUGUGGAAAAAUGUAUCUUCUCCUUAGAAAAAAAAGUCUUUUAUAUGAAAAGUAACUGAAAUAGAAUUUGAUUAACACUGCUUAUUCAAAACGGUGCAAAAUAAAUAAUAUCACUUUUCUUGAGCUUACAAGCUGAAAUAUGCCUUUAAAUGAAUUCUUUUGGAACAAGAACAUUGUAAUGAAAUGUUAUUUUGAAAAGAAAAAAAUGUGGAUGAAUGGAAUCUAAGACUCAAAA